CUGAUGGGUCUGCUAUGAAAAUCAACUGUGUUUUAAAUACCUCCUCAUGACUAUUACUGUAGUGCCACAGCCACUGGGCACUUGGACGCCACAAUAGAGACUUCAACUCUCACUGCAUGAUCAAAAGCCAGGAGUCAGAAUAAAUGGACAACCACAUCAAGCAAAAUGCCUCCCUGUCACUGACCCACACCUUCAAUCGCACCAGCUGUCAGACCAUAGAAUAUAACCCCUUCUCUGUCCUCUACCUCUUUAUGUUCCCCGUGGCUCUACUGCUUAACAGUGUGGCCGCCUGGGUCUCUAUACACCUCAAAUCCACCACUACAUUCAUAGUCUAUCUCAAAAACCUCAUUGGUGCCGACCUCAUACUGACCCUCGCUCUCCCGGCCAUAGCGGCGAGUGACCUUCCCAAUGCAUCACACCGAAUAUUCGUCCUCUCCUGCCGCUUUUUCAGUGUCAUUUUUUAUGGUGCAUUAUACACCAGCAUCACAUUCUUAGGUCUCAUAAGUUUGGAUCGUUUCACCAAGAUUGUCACUCCGCAGAACAAGUUCGGUCAAAGUGUAAUACUGACCUCAGUUGUAUCAGUAGCAGUGUGGCUGAUAGUUUUUGUUUUCCCUGCAUUAUCAACAAUGAUUUUGAGCAGCAAAGACGGGAAUGAAACCGUGAUUGAGACAUGCAUGGACACAAAAGUUCCAGCUGGGUUAGUUUUCCAUACAUAUCUAACCAUAUCCUUGAAUGUCUAUUUCUGGGUUGUCAGUGUUAUUGUUGCCAUUUGCUACAUUUGCAUAACAAAUAAGGUCAUACAGUCAUUUAGAAACUCCGGUAGUAACAACAGCAAGGGGAAGCAGAAGAUAAAGCUGCGGGUCUUCUUGGUGCUUGUAGUCUUUUUUGUGUCAUUCGGCCCAUAUCACAUAAUAAGGAUCCCAUAUACUUUUGAGCAGGUAAACUCUGACUAUGGCUGUUCGUAUAUAUGGUUUAUCAAAGAAUUUGGUUUAUGGUUGGCCACUAACAACAUCUGCCUGGAUCCACUUCUCUAUGUGUUUCUAUGCCGUGAGUUCAAUGAGAAAUUGUUGUCUUUAUUGAGCAAUGUGCCUUGCCUGUACAACAUACUCAGGAGGAUAUUCCCAGAUACUGCUGGUGAAUAG